AUGACCACCUCCACGAAGGACCUCGCAAGCGGAGACGACACGCGCAUGGGGCGGAGGAGGCGAUGCGGCGGCGCAGACGAGUCAGAUAGGCGCAGCCCAAACACUGGCGUGGAAGGCCUCUGCACCAUCCCAGCCACUGCCACAGGGGGCGAGCAGCUGCUGGGUACCACCCGCAGCUCGAGGCCUCUCACUGGCCCAGGCAACGGCCCAGCAACCGGAGGCCCAGGUCCUGGCCCCCGCAUAGACCCCUGGGCGACGGACCCCUUCUCCUGCGCCAACCCUAGCGCCGCCGCCAGCUCUGGCACCGCCGCCACCAGCGGCCCGGGGCGCACCUCCGCAGCGCGACCACGACCUCCGCCGCGCCGCCCUUGGAACCCGGCGUCACCCAAACGAUGGAAACAGGGCGAGGCCGAGGUCCCAGGCCUGGAGCCCCUGUCACCGGGCGCGAGCGCCGACCGCUGCCGGUGUUGGAGAGAGCCCCCGAGCUCCUCCGCACGUUGGACGAACCCGUUGAGGGUAGCCGCAGGCGAUCGCCUCUGCGAGCACCCUAGCUCCAGGUCAGACCCGCCCGCCCCCUCGCCGCCCGUCGCAGCCACCUCAACCUCCGAAUCCUCCGAAAACCAGUCCUCCACUAGCGGCGCGCUAGCAUCGGACCUGCCCUGGGGCACAACCCCUCCCCCUAGGACGGUGCCGCUGGACGCUCAUCGCCGCCCGCAACCUGUCUCACCGCCGGGCUCCCCGCCGGAGCGGUAG